GAUGGGUUUCCCCCUCUGUGAUUAUGGCUUCUCUUCUUGGGCUUGCAGGAAAUAGUGUUGCGGAUGAGAGGAACAGAAGGGAAGGGCCAGCCUUCUAGUCUUUUGUUUUUCAGAUGGCGAGUCUGUUAUUAGCAAUUUAUUCAUCUGGGUCUCCUUAGCUGAGCACAUUCUGUUCUCUAGUGUUGGGGGAAGAUUCUUGGGGGACAUGGCAAGAGGCCGUAUAGGAAAGGACGGGUGGCCAGCGUCAUGGCGUGUGCUAGGUGUUUUCUUAGUAAGGGGCCAGCUUGAACCCAGCCCUGUGCAGGGAGUCCCUCUGGAUGGCGUGGCAUCCCCACAUAGACCCAAAUGGCUCCAGCAGAGCAGGGCGAGGUGGCUCCCCUCCCACACUGGCCCCUGGGCCUUGGGCUUCGAAUUCUCUCUGUGAAAUGGGGCCAGAGCAGUGAUGCUCAGGACAAAAUGGUAGAGUUUCCCCAGAUGGCAGGGCCUGGGAAGGCCCCUCAAAGAAACGGAGAGCAGCUGUGUGAGAGGACCGUGGAAUAGGGGGCGGAUGAGAUGACCACCCCUGUGGAAAGAACGGUGCAUAAGAAAAACAACCCCCUUUCUGCAAAAGUGCUGAGCUGGUGGAAUUUCUAGCUCCACAGCUGUGAGAUCAGGGCAGCAGAUAGGCGCUUGCCUGGCUGUGUGUGCGCAGGUUGCUGUGUGGGGGUCCUGGGAGAGAAUGGAGAGGGCGGGAGCAGCACACAUGAUGCCCUCUCCACCAGGCUGGCCUCCACACUUCCCCGGGCUCAUCACCAGCCCCUGCUCCAGGAGGCAAAUCCCCUUCCUCCAUCCACGCUUCAUGAUGUCCAUGAGGAGCCCCAUCUCUGCCCAGCUGGCCCUGGAUGGCGGGGGCACCAUGGUGAACUGCACCAUCAAGUCAGAGGAGAAGAAGGAGACGUGCCACGAGCCUCCCCAGGAGUCAGCUGCUGCAGCUGAACCCCAGCCUGGAGACCCAGCCCAGGCCCCCCAGGAUGGCGCUGACUCCCAAGCUCCAGCCCAGGGCUGUAGCUCUCCAGAGAGCAGUGGGUCCCCAGAACCCAAGAGACCAGGAACCGCUGAGGCCGCUUCUGUAAGCCAGGAGAAGUUGGACUUCAAUCGAAAUUUAAAAGAAGUUGUGCCAGCCAUCGAAAAACUGCUGUCCAGUGACUGGAAGGAAAGGUUUCUGGGAAGGAGUUCUGUGGAGACCAAAGAUGUCAAAGGGACCCAGGAGAGCCUGGCAGAGAAGGAGCUCCAGCUUUUGGUCAUGAUCCACCAAUUGUCUACUCUUCGGGAUCAGCUCCUGACAGCCCACUCAGAGCAGAAGAACAUGGCUGCCAUGCUCUUCGAGAAGCAGCAGCAGCAAAUGGAGCUGGCCCGGCAGCAGCAGGAGCAGAUUGCUAAGCAGCAGCAACAGCUAAUCCAGCAGCAGCAUAAGAUCAACCUCCUUCAGCAGCAGAUACAGCAGGUCAACAUGCCUUAUGUCAUGAUCCCAGCCUUCCCUCCAACCCACCAACCUCUGCCUGUCACUCCUGACUCCCAACUGGCUUUGCCUAUUCAGCCCAUCCCCUGCAAACCAGUUCGCUGGGAGACUGAAAAGAAACAGCAUUUUGGAAACCAUAAAGUGCUUACCAGAUUGGAGUAUCCGCUGCAGCUGCUGCACAGCCCCCCUGCCCCAGUGGUGAAGAGGCCUGGGGCCGUGGCCGCCCACCACCCCCUGCAGGAGCCCUCCCAGCCCUUGAACCUCACGGCCAAGCCCAAGGCCCCCGAGCCACCCAGCACCUCCAGCUCCCCCAGCCUGAAGAUGAGCAACUGUGGACCCCGCCCCCCCAGUCAUGGGGCCUCCGCAAGGGACCUGCAGACGAGCCCCCCCAGCCUGCCUCUGGGCUUCCUUGGUGAAGGGGAUGCUGUCACCAAAGCCAUCCAAGAUGCUCGACAGCUGCUACACGGCCACAGUGCAGCCUUGGAAAGCUCCCCCAACACUCCCUUCCGUAAAGACCUCAUCAGCCUGGACUCGUCCCCAGCCAAGGAGCGGCUGGAGGAGAGCUGCGUGCACCCCCUGGAAGAAGCCAUGCUGAGCUGCGACAUGGAUGGCUCCCGCCACUUUCCCGAGUCCCGGAAUAGCAGCCACAUCAAGAGGCCCAUGAACGCCUUCAUGGUGUGGGCCAAGGACGAGCGGCGGAAGAUCCUCCAAGCCUUCCCGGACAUGCACAACUCCAGCAUCAGCAAGAUCCUCGGCUCCCGCUGGAAGGCCAUGACCAACCAGGAGAAGCAGCCCUACUACGAGGAGCAGGCACGGCUGAGCCGGCAGCACCUGGAGAAGUAUCCUGACUACAAGUACAAGCCGAGGCCCAAGCGCACCUGCAUCGUAGAGGGCAAGCGGCUACGGGUGGGCGAGUACAAGGCCCUGAUGAGGACCAGGCGUCAGGACGCCCGCCAGAGCUACGUGAUCCCCCCGCAGGCUGGCCAGGUGCAGCUGAGCUCCACGGAUGUCCUGUACCCUCGGGCGGCAGGCAUGCCCCUGGCACAGCCCCUGGUGGAACACUAUGUGCCCCGGAGCCUGGACCCCAACAUGCCUGUCAUCGUCAACACCUGCAGCCUCAGGGAGGAGGGCGAGGGCGCUGAGGACAGGCACUCGGCAGCCGAUGGCGAGAUGUACCGGUACAGUGAGGAUGACGACUCAGAGGGCGAGGAGAAGAGCGAUGGGGAGUUGGUAGUGCUCACAGACUGAGCCUGGCCAGGCCCCUCUUCCCUCAGGGGGAGACUUCGCCCCUGACCCAGUGGGCACAGCCAGCCAACCUAGACUAUGUUGGUACUUGGACUUGGGUGUGCCCGGGAAUUGGGCACAGCUGUGUUCCUGUAGAUAUAUUCAUGAGGGGACGUGCCCCCUCCCCACCACACUGGCAGGCACACCUAAGGGGCUGUUGGCCUAGGUGGGCAGGACCUUCAUGGUGGGGAUGGGCUGAGCUGAGCUGGCUGAGCUCCUUGGUCCUUGGGGCCUAUAGCCAGGGGACACUGUAUGACCAUCGCCUCGUGUGGGUCUAGUGACCCGGGGGCAUGGCAGCUACGGACCUGUCCUUCUGGGGCCACAAGCUUUUUGUCUCCAUUCUUAUCCUGGCUGGACCAGCCACCAUGGGACCAAGACUCCCUCCCACACCCCCCAGAUCACUCCUCUAUCUCAAGAUCACUUUGUACUUUGUGCAAAAGGGCCUUUCUGUCCCUUGCUGUCUUUUUCUUCUUCUGCCAAGCCCAUUGUGCCUCUGGCUGCUCUGUGUGUGUGUGUUCAUCUAUUUUCAUUCAUUGCUUAAAAUAUUUAUUGAGUGCCCACUAUGUGCCGGGCACUGUUGCUGAGUUCCUGUGGGUGUGUCUCUUGAUGCCACUAUUGCUUCUCUGGGGGCCUCUUUCUGUGCCUCUCUGUGUCCCCAAAUUGCUACCUCUUUGUCCGUUCGGGUGUCUCAGGUUCUGUGUGUUCUUGUGUGCAUCUCUCCUGUCUCUCUGCAGGGCCCUCUGUUUCUUUCUCCCUUUCUGUCUGUCUCUGCACCUCUGGUGCCCUCUGGAGUCUCUGCAGGCCCCUGGUCUGGGCCCGGGCCCAUCAGCCUGCCUGACCUCCUGCCCCUCUUCGCUGCCUCCCUGCCUCGCCAGUCUGUUCCCACAGAGCCAUUUUUAGCUCUGAGCAGCAUGGGAACAUGUCUCAGCCUCCAAGGGGCUUUGCCUGGUGGCCCAGCCCCUGGUCCCAGCCUGAGGCCCAGGAGUGGGGGCAGGAGGCUUGAUUGUGCCCCCUUCCUGUGUUGACAGAGGGCCUGGAGGGCAGGAGUCUCCGUGACAGCUGGCCUCCAUUCCAUCCCCAUGGGGUGGGGGUGGGGGCUCCCUCAUCCUCCCCCACCCACCCCACCCCCUUCCAGUCCUCCUCCCUUCUUUCCUCCACCCUCCUCCCACUCCACACUGGGGAAGGUGUCUGCCCCGGUCAGUUCUAUAUUUCCCUAAGAAAAUCAAGCCCAUUGGAGCCUGCCUCCAAAGAUCCAGAACAGCCCUGGGGUCAAGGUGGGAAGGGAACCCCACAUCCCACAGGGGCAGACAUGGAGCCUGUGCCUGCAUCCCGCCUUUUCCCCUCCCCUGGCGACCCCAGCAGCUCCUUCAAGCUCCCACUUCUUUCCAGGCUGUUUCUUUUUUAUGACUGUAAACAUAGAUAGUGCUUUAUUUUGUUAAUAAUAAGAUAAUGGUGAGCAACUUAA